AUGAUUAAAGCAAUAUUGGUAUUUAAUAAUCAUGGGAAGCCACGUUUGUUGAAAUUCUAUGUCCACUAUCCUGAAGAAGAACAACAACAUAUUAUACGCGAAACAUUCCAGUUGGUUUCGAAACGAGAUGAUAAUGUUUGCAAUUUUCUGGAAGGUGGCUCAUUAAUUGGUGGAUCUGAUUAUAAAUUAAUAUAUCGACACUAUGCAACGCUAUAUUUUGUAUUUUGUGUUGAUUCAUCCGAAAGUGAACUUGGCAUUCUUGAUCUGAUACAGGUGUUUGUUGAAACGUUGGAUCGAUGUUUCGAGAAUGUUUGUGAACUGGAUCUGAUCUUUCAUGUUAAUAAGGUGCAUCACAUACUUGAUGAAUUAGUUAUGGGAGGAAUGGUGCUGGAAACAAAUAUGAACGAAAUUCUUUUACGAAUACAAGAACAAGAAAAGAUGGAAAAGGAGGAGGCCGGAAUUGCAGCAGCUCCAGCUCGUGCUGUUAGUGCUGUGAAAAGCAUGAAUAUAUCGCAACAUAUCAAGGAUUUCAAGCUUGCUGAUAUCAAUUUAUCGAACAUAAAAAAGCCUUUUUGA